UUCAAAUCUUUUGUCAUGGAUGGUACAUUCCUGUGCUGGUGUUGCGUUGGUCCAGUCGUGGCUUGCCUCAACCACGGUCUAAAAAGACGUUCAUUUCUAACCCACGACGGGACCAUCUCGUGACACGCAGUUUAACACGCCCGUGUCGUCCGGUGUGUGGUUUUACCCACGCCCCGUACCACCGUGACAAUAUAGCUGCCUAGCUACAUCAUGACACGCCACCUUCAGACCUCUGCCUCCCCUCCUCGUCCUCUCCCUGUGGGGUUAUUAUCCUCGUGGACGCCAAAUGGGAGGGACCAAAGUGUGCAUCACCUCCGGGGAACAACAGGCCAGUCUGGAUCGCCAUGAAACAUGACUUUCCGUGCGAAUGUUUAAGUUGAUCCUCGCGGUUGUGGACUAGCUGACAGCGCUUGUUGACAUUGGAGCUGACACAGAAGCUUGUACUUGGAACCACAAUGGCGAGUCCUGAGGAUGACAUUGAACAACCCUAUCAAGCUUCUGCCGCCCAAAUCCUUGAGAGAAGACGCUUCUCUCGUGACCUUCGCAAUCUGGGUCAAGAUGAGAUAGACAGUCUGUUAUCCAGCAGUGAUGGCCGUCCUUUUAGUGUGGUGCACCAUCUUCCAGAACUAAAGGAGGAGGGUAUACCUUACCUAAUACCCGGUGUGCCUGUCACAUGCAGAGUGAACAACACAGAGAAAUACACCACUCGCUCAAAGGUCCAUGUAGGGACUCUGUACACGGUAAUACUAACUCAUGGGCCAUUCCACUGGACGGUGAAGAGGAAGUACAAGAACUUCCAGGACGUGCAUCGAGACCUCUACAACCACCGGAUGAUGAUUCACUUACUGCCUCUGGGAAGAUUUGCAAAGGAGAGGCAGCAGCUGAGAGCCAUGUCGGAGGAAAUGCCCAGUCUACAUGGGACUGAACGGACCAGAAGGACUUCCAGCAAAAUGAAAUACCUUGAGGAGUACCUGAAUGGUCUACUGGAGAACAGGUUCUGUAGGAGUGACCGCAGUAUGCUGGAGUUUCUGUCAGUCGGCGCUCUAUCUUUCGUUACCGAUCUUGGGCCCAAAGGCUUGGAAGGACCCAUUUUCAAGAGGUCAGGGGGUCACCGCAUCCAAGGUCUGAAUUGCAUCGGCCAUCAUCAAUUCUGCUUCCGCUGGUCUCGCCGCUGGCUGGUGGUGAAAGACUCUUUCCUGUUGUACAUGAACCGAGACAAUGGCAGCAUCAACUUUGUGUUGCUGUUUGACCCAGAGUUCAAAGUGAAAGUGGGCCGUGCUUACUCAGGCACUAAAUAUGGAGUCUGCAUCGAUAACUUCACUCGGAAUCUGAUUAUCAAAUGCAGUAGCUACAGACAAGCACACUGGUGGAGUCAUGAAAUCAACCGGUUAGCAGCAACCUGUGAUUUUCUCAAAGUGCAACGCUUUGAGGGGUUUGCUCCUCCACGGGACAACACGCUCAGUAAAUGGUAUUUGAAUGGAAGUGGCUACUUUGCCGACCUUGCUGAUGCACUUGAACAAGCUAAAGAAGAAAUCUUCAUCACGGACUGGUGGCUCAGUCCAGAAAUAUUCCUGAAGAGACCAGCGACCGAUAACUUCUGGCGCUUGGAUCAACUACUAAAACGCAAAGCAGAACAAGGAGUCAAAGUGUGUAUUAUGCUUUACAAAGAGGUAGAGCUCGCACUUGGCAUCAAUAGCGAGCACAGUAAGAGGACUCUCAUGGAUAUGCACCCAAACAUUAAGGUAAUGAGACAUCCUGACCAUGUGUCAUCUGCGGUGGUCCUGUGGGCUCACCAUGAAAAAAUGGUGGCCAUUGACCAAACGGUAGCUUUUGUGGGAGGAAUCGACCUGGCAUUUGGAAGGUGGGAUGACAGCCAGUAUCGGUUAACUGACCUCGGCUCGACAGACACUGCUGAGAAAGGGACAGAGAAGGAGCUACCCCAAGUAGAUGCAGAUGAGAAUGGUGUGGCUGUAUCAACGCCAAGUGAUAGCCAAAAACAGGAGCUUGUGGACCUGACAGGCAACACCCAACUGUGGCUUGGCAAAGACUACAGCAACUUUAUUAGGAAAGACUGGGUCCAACUGGACAGACCGUUUGAGGAUAACAUCGACCGUACUAAGGUUCCACGUAUGCCAUGGCGCGACCUGUCAUCAGCGCUUCACGGAAGUGCUGCUAGGGACGUAGCUCGUCACUUCAUCCAGCGCUGGAACUUCACCAAGAUCUUCAAAAACAAGUACAAAGACGAUUUCUACCCUUACCUUCUCCCUAAAUCUCAUUGUACUGCUGACAGACUUACAUUCACUGUUCCUGGGUCCCAGAAAGCCAAAGUACAGGUGUUACGUUCUGCAGAUCGUUGGUCGACUGGAACUUGUGAGAAUUCAAUCCUCAAUGCCUACGUCCACACCAUCGAAAACAGUCAGCACUACAUCUACAUCGAGAACCAGUUCUUCAUCAGCUGUGCCGAUGAUAAGACGGUCUAUAAUGGGAUCGGGGAUGCCAUUGUGAACCGAAUCCUGCGGGCUUACAGAGAGCAAAAGAAGUAUAGAGUGUAUGUGGUAAUCCCUUUGUUACCUGGAUUUGAAGGAGACAUCCGUACUGGAGGAGGAAAUGCCAUCCAAGCCAUUCUUCACUUCACUUACAGGACUAUAUGCCGUGGGGAACAUUCCAUCCUGUCAAGACUAAGUGAAUUGGAGGACCGGUGGACAGAGUACAUCACAGUCUGUGGGCUGAGAACAAAGUCUGAACUCUCCCAGUCGCUUGUGACAGAACUCAUCUACGUUCACAGCAAGACCCUUAUCGCUGACGACCGCUGCUACAUAAUUGGAUCGGCCAACAUCAACGAUCGCAGCAUGCUGGGUAGCCGAGACAGUGAGCUGGCGGUGUUUGUGGAAGAUGAAGACAGAAUACCGUCCAUAAUGGGAGGGGAGGAGUACGAAGCAGGACCUCUUGCGCUUGCUCUGCGCAAAGAGUGUUUCAGUGUUCUUGUUGGAGUUACAUCAGACCCCGACAUCAACAUUGAGGAUCCAAUCAGUGACAACUUCUUCUUCUUGGUGUGGAAUUCAUCAGCCAAACUGAAUGCCACUAUUUACAACAAGGUCUUCAACUGCCUACCAUGCAACUCUGUCCACAAUAUGCAAGAGCUGAAGGAGUACACCAGCAAGGAACGCCUCUGUGACACAGACCCUGAACAGGCUGUUGAGGAGCUCAAAGCUGUCAGAGGACUCAUGGUCCACUUCCCCCUAAAGUUCUUGUGUGAAGAGAACCUGCUGCCUCCAUUGAACACCAGAGAGGGCAUAGCCCCUGUUGGCCUGUGGACUUAGUUGCAGUCACAUUUUCAGGGCUCUGGUAUUAUCAUAGCUAACAUUCUGCCCAAUUCAAUUAAAUAGUGGCAGUCUUGGAAAUUCAAUGGUGACAAAAGCCAAAUCCACAAGAACCGUGUUUUUGUAGAUUUUAUGACUGACACUUUGUGAGAAUAUUAAACUAAUUGGAUCACAUGUGCAUUAUAGUGUAUACAGUCCAUCUCACAUGGUCUGGGUACAUAAUGUGCAUUUAUUGGUGCAAGAUUUUUAGGUGGGCGAGUUAUUUUUUUUGUCUCUGUGCCCCCACCCCCCCACCCCUCUCUCUCUCUCUCUCUCUCUCUCUCACAGAGGCUUCACCUCUCACUGCAGUGCUAGCAAAUCUGUCAGGAAAAAAACUGUAGUUGUUAUGGUGACGAAUACAAAGAAAUGGCUGGAUGUGAGCUGGAAAAAUAGACGGGGUCAUACGGCUGUAUGUUGGUAGAAGACGUGUAUUAUCUGCACAUGCAAGUCAUUUUUAAAUAUUCUUAGAAAUGUUGGAAUUGUUUUUAAGUGAUUUGUUAAAGUCCUUACGAUGCCAGAAAUGUAAAACUGGACAUUCCCCCAUCCCCUACAUGCUGAGAAAAAUGUGAAGCAGAGAUACAAAGUAGAUUGAAGGGACUAUUCAAUCACUAGAUUUCCAUUUGGACUUAAAGAUUCUGUGUCCAACUGCCUUAUGUGACUACACUGUAAUCAUUUGAUUACAAAAGACUUAGACUUAGACUUCCUUUAUUGUCAUUCAAAUUUGAACUUUACAGUAUAGAUAAGAACAACAUUUUGUUGCAUUAGCUCAUUGUAGUGCAGGAUAAACGAGCAAUAAGGUGCAAAUAUAAAUAGAUUUACUGUAGUUUUUUUUUUUUUUUUUUACUGUACUGUACAAAAGACACAAUGUAGCGUAUGCCACUGUAUUCUAUGUUUGAUUGUAGGGAUUUUAUAUUUGAUGGUCAGGUAGCGACAGAAUGAUGAAUCUAACAUUUAAAAAUAUAUUGUAUCUAAUUUACAACUACUGUUUUAUUGUUGCUAAUGACGUCACAUUUUCAAGCCUUAUGAUUGGCUGUUUGUGAAAUGUUAGAUAACUCUUUAGAGUGGUUUCUCAUUUAAUUGUAUCUGUAAAAACAGCCCAAUGUAUGUUUUCAUUCUACUAAAUGUUACAUGUAUGUGUAUUGAACUUGUGACAAAGCCAGCAAUACUAGUGUACAGCAUACAAGACUAUACGUGCCUGAGUCCUAACCAUGUUGUAAACAUUCACUAAUGUUCUUUUUAUAAAGCCAUCUCUUCAUAAAUGGUGAUGAUAUAUUGACACGUUGACUUUAUAUAUUUCUAUGAUAAUUGUUGCACUCAUUUUUCACUCACCAGUUUAUACAUUUUAUGUAUGUCAAUCAACAGGUUAUGGUCAUUCACAAUUAAUCAUACCAUUGAUGCUCAGGGGUUGAAAUAUUAACUGUAUGAAUAAUAUUAAGCAUGUGUUUCUAUUUCCUUAAUAAACUGCACUGUGAGAAUGUAAAA